AUGGGUAAAAGUAGUAAAGACAAGAGAGAUCUUUACUAUAGAAAGGCCAAAGAAGAAGGCUGGAGAGCCAGAUCCGCUUUUAAGCUUCUACAACUGGAUUCGCAAUUCCAUCUUCUGAAAGGACUCAAUAGAGUAGUAGAUCUAUGUGCCGCUCCUGGAUCCUGGUCGCAGGUUCUUUCUAGAUCAUUGCCAGAGGACUCGGCCAAGAUUGUUGCUGUGGAUCUUCAACCUAUGGCUCCUAUCAAGGGCGUAACUUCAAUUCAAGCAGAUAUCACCCAUCCCAAAACUUUGAAAAGAAUUCUAGACAUUUUUGGCGGAGAACCGGCCGACUUCGUAUGCUCAGAUGGAGCUCCUGAUGUCACUGGACUACAUGAUCUGGACGAGUAUAUCCAAGCUCAGCUUAUUUUAUCUGCAUUACAACUUGCCACAGCAUUACUUCGUCCUGGCGGUGCAUUUGUUGCCAAGAUUUUUCGAGGAAGAGAUAUUGACCUCAUGUACUUUCAACUGGGUCUACUCUUUGAGAGGGUCACCUGUGCGAAACCACGAUCCUCUCGAGGUUCCUCUUUAGAAGCAUUCAUUGUAUGUCAAGGAUACAAACCACGACCUGGAUGGGUUCCUAGUAUUAUUAAUGAGGUGUUUUCCACAGAGGAGUACUUUAAGAAGAUGGGAAUAGAGCGUCCUUUGAUCGUGGAUUUGGAUGGAGAGUAUGAAGAAGAAGAGCGGGUAGUUGCACCUUUUGUAGCAUGCGGAGACCUCAGUGAGUAUGAUUCAGAUGCCACAUACACUAUAGAACGAUCAACUGCUCGAGUGAGUCUUGAUCCGGUUCAGAGUCCUACUGCACCUCCAUAUAAAACAGCUAUCGAGCUCAAACGCAAGGGUAUAAUCAAGCGUACAUGA